CCCAGCCACAGCUGCAAGUCCCAGAGGCAGACCUUGGCAGACUCAGGACAGAGGACCACUCUUGGGAGUUAAAGCUAGAGCAGCCUCAGCAGCACCCCCGCCACUCCAUCCCCCCCGCUGCUAGGAAGCAAUGCUACUUGCAACAUUUAAGCUCUGUGCUGGGAGCUCCUACAGAUACAUGCGCAACAUGAAGGGGGUCAGGCACCAGGCAGUGCGGGCUAUUGGGCAGGAGCUGAACCGGAGAGCACUUGGGGGGCCGGCCCCCAGCACAUGGAUUAACCAGGUCUGCCGCCGCCGGAGCUCUCUGCUUGGUUCUCGGCUCGAGGAGACGCUCUACAGUGACCAGGAGCUGGCCUAUAUUCAGCAGGGUGAGGAGGCCAUGCAGAAGGCCCUGGGCAUCCUCAGUGACCAGGAGGGCUGGAAGAAGGAGAACCAGCAGGCAAAUGGAGACAAAGUGCUGAGUAAAGUGGUCCCAGAUGUUGGCAAGGUAUUUCGUUUGGAGGUGGUGGUGGACCAGCCCAUGGAGAGGCUCUAUGAAGAGCUUGUGGACCGCAUGGAGGCCAUGGGAGAGUGGAACCCCAAUGUCAAGGAGAUCAAGGUUCUUCAGAAGAUUGGAAAAGAUACAGUCAUCACCCACGAACUGGCUGCAGAAUCUGCAGGAAAUCUCGUGGGGCCCCGUGACUUUGUGAGUGUGCGCUGUGCCAAGCGCCGAGGCUCCACCUGUGUGCUAGCUGGUAUGGCCACACACUUUGAGGAGAUGCCUGAGCAGAAAGGAGUCAUCAGAGCCGAGCAUGGUCCCACUUGCAUGGUGCUUCAUCCCCUGGCUGGAAGUCCUUCAAAGACCAAACUCACUUGGUUACUCAGCAUUGACCUCAAGGGGUGGCUGCCAAAGACCAUCAUCAACCAGGUCCUAUCACAGACUCAGGUGGAUUUUGCCAACCACCUGCGCCACCGCUUGGAAUCCAAGUUGGCCUCUGAAGCCAAGGGUUAAGAUCAGCCUGCAAGACUGUUUUAUGGUCCUCUUCUGGGAGAAGUGGGAUGAGAUUUCAGUGUUUAGAAUAUGACACGCUAGGGCUCAGACUGGAAAAUAUGAGGACCAAUGGGAUGCAGCUCUUGGGCAGAGCCUCAUUAUUUCAUUCACUGUGAAUGAAGGUUAAGACUCUCAAGUAUUCACCGUGAAUGAAGGUCAAGGCUAAGAAUUCUGGCUCAUUUGCUCACCUAAAAAGACCCUAAAAUGCAACUUGCCUAUAUGAGUGCGGGGAAUACUAGGACAGGGACUGGGACCUCUUGCUUUAUGAGUUCAAGAACUUCGUUUGCUGCAGACAGACAGUAUGUUUAGACAAAUGGGAUUUACAAAGGGGGAGGAAGCUCGUUAUGUGAGCAAUUCCCCUUAGUAAAUACCGUCUAGAAAUCCACUCCAAAGUUUUUCUAUGAAAAAAUAAAAACUACUUAGUACACUGGUUCCCACUUCUUCCAUGAGUGUGUUGGUAAGAAUAAAGACUCAUAACUAACACAAAUGCAUUAGUCUUGAGCCUAUUUUAAAAAUUUACCUUGAAAAAUUAAACCAAUUCCUCUAGCUCAUUAAAAUUAAAGAAAUUAUUGGAGGUUUGUGCCAUUCCAUUACUUAGACUCUAUUAUCACAUCUUUUCUAAAUAUUCAAUUUCUAUGUUAAGUAUUAGCCUAAAAUCAGUUCUUAAUUCUACAACUGAUAAGUCGAUUAAUAGGCAUUAGAAGGUGGCGACUGGGGACUUUUACUUGCCUAAUUAAAGGGAAGGAUGAUAGUGCAUUAAAAUAGAAAAAGAAUAGUAUUUCUAAGAAAAUCCAAAGUAGACUUUAUUAUCUUUCCCGGCAUACUGAAUCUCGGGUCAGUCUAUACUUCCACUUCUGGCUAGCAGUUUUAUUACUUCAGACACUGAGUUGUAUGAAACGGUCAUAGCUAUGCGCUCUUUGGGGGCUGCCAACUUUUCUAGUUACUAGACUAAUAUCUUGAGACAGGGCUGGGGAGGGGGGCGGGUGGAGGGAGAAGGGUAGUAUGAUAGCACAUCUCCUUUAUUCAGAAGCCUUAUGCUUUAAAAGUACAAACUGAAAUGACUUUGCUAAAAUUUAUGAGUAGGUUGAAGAGCCCUGGUGCUGGUACGGUGGCCUUGUGCUGCUAACUGUAACGGUUGGUGGUUCAAACCCACCAACCUCCCUUUGGGAGGGCCAUCUGCCCUGUAAAGAUUUAGUCUCUGAAUCCUAAGGAGCAGUUUUACUCUGUGGUUAUAAGUCAGAAUCGAUUUAAUGGCCAUGGGGUACCAUCUGAAGCGCUUCCAUUCUAGUUCAAAUAGCAUUGAGGGUUUCGUCAUUUGGAAAUAGGGCUCUAGCUUAUUUAUUAAACAAAUUAGCGUUAACAGGAAUACUGGUUAUGUAUCGAAGUACUGUAAUUCUACAACUGAAAAAAGUAUUUAUUAUUAUUUAUUCUGACUGUUUCUCCAUUUAAUUCUAGCAUGGAUGAACUUAUAGUAUAUUUGAGAGUCUCAGAGUAAAAGAAAAUAGUGGUAGAAGUAUAUCUAGAACAUAUUUAUCAUCCCCUCCCAGUUUAAAGAGAACGGUUAAUGUUUUAAAGGAGCAUACUGUACAAUGUACAGGAACAUAUUGUGGUUUCAAAGACAACAGGCUGUAGGUAAAGAAAUGGGCUUUCAAAAGAGAUCAUGAUUUUGAACUGGAUUAUAAUCUGCUUCUUCAAAUUCUGUAUCUGUUUUUUGUGGUAUGCGUGGGCAUAUUUUCCAUUUUAAUUUUACAUUAGAAUAAAACAAGUUGUCACCAUGA